GGCAACAUGUGCGCACCUGAGAGAAGCAUCUGUAAAUGCAAGUUGCUGAGGCAUGCAGAGAGCAUAGCUGAUGAAGAGACGCUGACCGCUCGCUUGCUGUGCUGCAGGGAGGAGCUGAUCCAGAGCGUGGCACAGCUGAGCCCCAUCAGAGAGUUGGAGACAGAAGCAGGAUUCCUGACUGCCUCAGAGAAGCAGGUAGCUUUGGGUUGCUGUGAAGGCAGCUCUCAGAGGGAAGCUAUGGACAAUCUGAUCAGGAAGGUGGAUGAAGAGAAAACCCUGAAAGUGAAGCUUCUGGAGGCUGUGAAAGCAUCCUUCCCUGGACUCCAGCUUCUGCCGGACAACUUGGUGGCAAGAGCAGACAUCUCUGAUGGUAAAGGUCAGAAUCACUGCUCCUCCGAGUUCUACUCCCUGCGGUGCAGCUGCUGUGACAAAACCUUCACCAGCACUGCUGCUCACCAAAAGCACAUCAAGGCAGAGCACACAGGUUUUCCAUCCACUGGAGGCUUCCUGCUGGAGAUGGAGUUUGCCCUUCUCCUCCUGGCUGAAAUAAGGAUUAUAGAUGAUGGUGAGUUUGGUGGCACUCAGGAGCAAGCCAGAUGAUCCCCAUGGACAAGAUGGAACUGACUGAAACAAUUAUGAUGAAGAAUUUGGUAACACAGAGGAAUGAGUAACAAUUCCAAAUUAUGGCUGCUAUUAAUUUGAGAGACGCGCAUGUUGAAAAAACAAAGAAGGGGGAAUAUGGCUCCUCAAGAACAUUUAGAUAAUGCAAUACUUAUACAAGAAUUUCUGAAAGCAGAUCAUCAAUUUUGAUCCCCGACAGAGUGUUACUGCUCUGAAGAUUUGCAGAUACAGAACCUGUGGAGGCCAGAAAUCUGGCCAAGCAAAAGCCUGCUGAGCUCCCCUGGAGGACCAACCCCUAAACCCCAACCCCUUUGGUAUGGUGAGCAAAAAGAGCAUCCCGCUGCGCUCCUUGGUUUUUAUGCCGAUUCCUUGUUUCCCAUUGGCCCUUCCACCUUGCUCCACCCCUGUGCCCUCAUCCCAAUUGCCAUGGUGUUCUGUCCCACCCCUCGAGAUCCCUAUAUAAACCGUUGCUGUCGGUGCCUGAGUGGCUCUUUUGUUCUUCCAUGGCUUUGAGGAGGAAGCUCAAUAAAGGGUCUCCUUGGAACACCACACUGUGACCCUGUCUCUCCUUCUGGAUUGACUGGAUCGUAGAAAAGCUGAAAUCACCUGGUGUGAGCACAGACAUGCCUGUGCCCCCAAGGUGUCUUUUUCAAGACACUUCUUCGGGAAGGUUGCGACACUCUGAACAAUGCUGGCCAUGACAGAACCGGUUUCUAGAAGUUUUACAUAAGGAUCUACAACUGGAUGUGCAAUGGCAAGGCCGAGCUGAUUUACUAACCUAGGGGAGGACAUAGGCAUGUGUUUUUAUUGCAAACAGGUCUAAAGUGGUUACCUGCUUGUCUGGACAAACAUUGAUAGCCUCUGAGGAGAUGAGGCCCAGUGAGAGGAGAAAUGACCUAAUCACAGCCCAGCCCUGGUGCCAAUGCAGGAGCAGGGGUAGGACUGCCAGGACAUGGCCUUGUCUGGAAGCUCAUGAAGGCAGCCUGCUUGUGUUGCACUGCACUCUCUGUCACUUUAUUGUGUUCCUGCUGACCUUCUUCAGUUAUUCCCUGUUCCAUGCUUCCAGAAGGACAUUCAGUAAUGUCAAAGACAGCAUUUCUAUCUAAUGGACUUCCUCCUACCUAAACAGCACGGCCUCUGAGCUCCAGCCAUAUGAACUUUGGAAGAGGAGCCAUUUCUUUCUACUUCCUGGGGACAUUGGACACCAUCUUUCUGUUUUCCUCUGCUGUGAGUGUCUUUGCCAGUGGCAUGGUUAUAUUUGAUGGGUUUUUUAUUGAUUGUGAUCUGUGUUCCUUGUAUCUUAUCCUGUGUCCAGCAGAUGACCAGUAAUAGUCUUAAUAAGAUUAUGGCCUUACAGGUGCAGACUGUUUUGGCAUUAGGGUACAUGAAACCUUAGCAUAAAAAACAAAGGGGGAGAUGUUGCAUAUUGGUAAAACUUUACAAAAUAAGGGCCUUGUUAUCCUUUUAAAAAUACGCUCAGGCCUAUUACUUUGACUAAGUAGAAAAGGACUAUGGGGAAGUGACUCAGAUGAAUUAGAGGUAGAAAAAUAAGUUGUAUAACUACUACAUGUUCACAUUGUGGUUUAUGGUGAUUAGUUGAAUAACAUUUGUUGUGCUUAAAUGGAAUGUAACUGAUAAAGGCCUAACUGCUUAAAAAGUCCAGGUUUUGCAAUAAAGAGUUCUCUCUUGC